AUGAAUAACUGGCGUUUACUAUUACUUGCGUUAGUCGCGGUUUUUCAACCAAUUACCUCUUUUACCGAACGCAGCCUUGUUGAUGGAAGGCAACAGUGUUGCGACCGUCAAACGGAUACUUUGCUCCGAGACUUAAGACCUAACCUUUAUGUAAAUAACCGGCUUGCAAAACCCUUUUGGACCUUACAUCGCCUAAACUUUAGAGAUGAGACACGUGAAGAUCGGCAAUUGAGGCAACGGGUUACCUUAUUUCCUCGUCGCUCUACGGAGAGAUCGUUGGAGAAUAUUCGAGAGAGAAAUUUAAAACAAAGCCCGUUAAUCACUUCACGGUUUACUCGAGUAGAUUACCGUACAGUCGUAAGUGAUGUUGUUGGCAGAACUAAUGAGGCACUUUCGCGUUACUCUCAAUCAAGAGAUGAUAGCCGAAUCAAUCGUCUAAGCAAUGAGCGGCAAGACAGAGAGAUGCAGCUCAAUGGCAGGACUAAUAAAUUACUUUCGCGUUACUCUCAAUCUAGAGAUAAGAGCCGAAUCAAUCGUCUAAUCAAUGAGCGUCAGGACAGAGUAAUGCAGCGCGAUGUCAGGACUAAUGAAUUCCUUUCGCGUUACUCUCAAGCAGGAGAUGAAAGCCGAAUCAAUCGUCUAAGCAAUGAGCGUCAGGACAGAGAGAUGCAGCGCAAUGGCAGGGCUAAUGAGUUCACUUCGCGUUAUUCUCAAUAUAGAGAUGAGAGCCGAAUCAAUCGUCUAAGCAAUGAGCGUCAAGACAGAGAGAUGCAGAGUAAUGCCAGAACCAAUGAGUUACUUUCGCGUUACUCUCAAUCAAGAGAUGAGAGCCGAAUCAAUCGUCUAAGCAAUGAACGUCAGGACAGAGAGAUUUCAAAGACAGACCGAAUGGAAUUUAGGUCUGAAACCGUUCAUCGGAUGACAUCAACGAGAGCUUCUCGAGACAGUCUUUGGAUGCAAAGAGUAGCCGAAGACCGUACUCGCGUUUAUCAUGAAAGUCGUCUACUUCUUGAAAGGGAACGAGUAAAUAAACCCACUCAUGAACGUCGUGAGCAAGAGCGUCAUGCUGAACAACGACGAUCACUCUCUGAAAAUUCCAAUGUAAUAAACCGAGUACGGGAUAUGGGAGUAAAUUUUAGGGACCAGAAACGAGAAAAUCGGGCAAGAUCGGCAGUGAGCCUUCAACAUAGCAAUGCCCAUAGACAAUCUAGGGCAACUGUAAAAGAAAAUACUGAUCUUAGCGUUUCAGAUGAGAGGAUGCUUUUGGAUCGUAGGGAAAUCGAGUCUAGAUUAAUAAACGGUAGAAAUGUUCGAGAUCGAGUUGUCGAAAACCGACGGGACACGAGGCUAACGGAGAGGUUAUCUAAGGAAACUCAUGACGUUCAAUUCGUUCAGGAAAGUCGGGUCGAAUCGAGGGCUUCAAGGCGGACGGCCGAACGAGAUAGCCGGGUAACAGACCAAAGGGCACGUUCCAGGAAUAUUCAAAACUUCCGCGAUGCUAGAUCAGAUUCAAAAUUGAGCCUAUAUGAUAAUACACUUCGUGGAUCUGAUGCUUCCCGCAGCCAGACUGCAUAUCGUGGCACAAUGGCUAACCGGGACAGGAAUAUAGUUGACAAUAGAUUCCGAAAUGUCGAGUCUGCCAGGGCUCGUGACAACAGUAUUAUUAUUCAAAAACUUGACACUGAGAACGAGCUCAUCAGUAAUUGGCAAUACAUUUUCUACUCGAUUCAAGCCGCCUACAUAUGUGGAUUUGUCAUACAGACGCUGACACCAAAUCGUUAUGAAAAAUCCAAAAUGGGGUCAGUAAUUUAG